AUGGACGUAUUAGAUGAACUUGAGUCGCUGGCCGCCGCUGUGGUUCAACAGUCCGAACAGCCUGAUGAACCAGACCACAACGAUAUAAAGCAAUGGCAGUCAUUAUUUGGGCUCACAUAUGCUCAGUCUCUUCAAGAAAUACAGGCCCACCGGUCGAACUUGUCGCGAACAAGAGUGUCGGAUUCGCACUGGGAAAUUGUACGUGCCGAAAAGGAAGCCCAAGGAUUCAGCAGAGAGGCAUACGAAUACUCUGCGACUUCGAAAGCGACAAAGCCCUCGGCAACAAGAGUCACCCAUGCAGCCAGCAACCAAAGUUACCUUUUGAAGCUGGAAGGACCCCUAGGCAGCGCAGAGGUGGUCAAGCGAGCUUCGCGGUCGAAGAAAGAUCCCGCCGUCUAUUACGGCACAGAUGACGAUGAUAAACCAGCCAUAUUUUGCAAAGUCGACUCGCUUGCUAGAAGCACUAUCUUAGCCUACUUGUCUGAGAUCGAGUCGCGAUUCCAGCCAACAUUCAUUAAGUACUCCAUAGCUACAAAAGAGCUAUCGAGGACCUCCGCAUACCCGACUCUCGGAAUCGAUGCCACGAUGCCACAGUAUCGCCCUUCGUCGACAAAUGAUACGAUUCUCACCCCCUCUCAAAACCAGUACCCUGUCUGUUACUUCUUUUAUGGGACUCUCGCCGAUCCUACAGUGCUAGGAAGGCUCCUUGGCAUUGAGCCAGUGUACAAGGAUGCGACUGUCUAUGGAGGCACUCUGUGUAUGUGGGGAGGAAAAUAUAAGGCCAUGAUAGACAAGCCUCGUGGGGUUGCACAUGGGAAUGCGUUUUGGGUUCAGAACCAAGCCCAGGAAGAGAUCCUCCGUUGCUAUGAGACUGAUAAAUACGAAGUUGGGAACGUGACGCCAUGGUUCUAUGAGACUACACUGAUCGCAGCGGCAGGCAGCGAUGCAUCUUUUGGACUGGCGGGCAUCGAUAGCACUAUGCGACAUCCCAGUGUGGAGAUCCAACUGCCGAAUCACCUGGUCCUGGUGUCUACCCAUCGAGAGGCUAAUCUCGCAGUAGCGGAGUCCCCUUGGAAUACCCGUGGGUGGACUUAUCAAGAAGGACUAUUCGCACGACGGCGCCUGUAUUUCCUCCCUAACCAGAUGUAUUGGCAGUGUCGUGGCUUUGAAGCUCAGGAGAGUUUCCAAUUUCCCUAUAAAGCCAUCCGUAACGGUGUUCUACGAUCAUCUUUACCAGCUACGGGUGACACAGCUUCCCAUAGCCAAUCCAGUCCAGUUUUGCGCGUACAUAAGCCAUAUGUACUUCCCGCAUUGCACGAGUUUGGUCGAGGCAUCGUUGAUCUCGAGCAGGAGGGAAGCGAGCCUGAUAUUGAAUUUUCAGGUCAGCAUCUUUGGCUUGGAAACUGUAUGUCUCUGUCUCUUUCCUCCGACCGGGCAAGAUUCCAAAAGCAGGAUUGGGGACGGUGGAGGAAACGACGUUGUUCAGAUGUGGGAGAGAAUUGGGGUUCUCCAUGUGCAAGUCAUGACCCCAUCUUACGCGGGUUUUUUGAGGUGCUCGAGGUUUACGGAAUGAAGAUGCACGACCAAGACUAUUUCAUUGCAUGAAUUCCCUGAGAAGGAGAAAAAGCCAGCACCAUAAUUUUCGAUGGAAAAUGACACAUCUAUUAUGUCGCUGUUCGAGCUGGAAAAGGGGCGUGAGAUAUGAUAUACCAUAACAUUGAGCGAAGCUAGAUCUGCGGUCAGUUUUCGAUAAAUCUCUCAGGUGUCUGCCGGACCCGGAUGGCUUGCGCUGUGCAUGGAGGCUCGUACGCAGAGUUGUUCGAUUCGGGGUCGCAGGUAUGGACUAUGUAGAUCAUAUGAAGAGAUUAUAGGUCUCGACACUGCGGAUGGCUUCUUGUAGCCCUAGAUUCUCCUCUGCGUUUUCCUUGUCGUUAUCUCUUUCCCCUUGAUCAAACCGUCGUCUGGCAAAUAUAAAAUACGCCCAAGCUAGCAUAAACACACAAACUGGGACAGCAAUUCCAAACACAAUCCCCCAGAUGCUUUUCACCUUUCCUGCAAGUGCGACCAUGCCGAAUGCAGCACAAGAAGUCAUCCCAAAACCAGCAGCCAAUGUGGUUCCAAG